AUGGAUCUGCUGCAUGUCUAUGAAGACGCCUACAGCCCCCCGAAUGGCACAUGCAUCGCUCCCGACUGCAACAACUUUUGGAGCCUGUUGCAGGAGUCGCUGGGGAACCAAGUCAACCCGAACGAUUGCUGCUACAAAUGGGCGAGAUUCGUUUGUGGACAUCACUUUGCCCGCCACCAAGGCGAUGAUGGCCCCGUGGUCGUCAUAGAGGGCGUUGUCCAGAAGCUCUUUGAAACAGUGCACUCGAUGAUUGAUCCUUCGUAUCAGAGUGAGACGUCAUCUCCCGGAGUCAAAAUUACCUCCAGCACCGGCAACUAUUCCGACAAAGACAUCGCCUUGCUUGAAUCCAUCUUCUCCAAGGAACUCUCUGCCGACAAGAGUGCCGCCAUCCCCACGUCUCGCCAUGACGCCUUGCGGAAUUCAGCCGCCGCGGACGGAGACACAAUGGCCAACGGCACAAUCCACGCCCCCUCGAGUAACAGCUUCACCGAAGACCGCCCCUGGACCACGGCAGCCCCCAACGGAAAUACCACCUUCAACGCGACGCUCCCUCCGGGCCCGAGGCCAGCCGACCUCUGGACCAUGGUCCACAGCUACUUCGACACCUGCAUGAACGCGAGAGACCCGGAAACUAGCUAUGCCGUGCUCCUUGACCUCAUGGAGGAGGUCAGACGCCCCUUCAACGCCCUGGACCACAUGUCUGUCUUUACACACGGCGACCAGCAAGACACGUGGCGGCGGACAGCAGACGCAACACGGCCCGUCGACGUCAUCGACGCGCAAGGAGCAAACAGAGCAAUGCUGAAUCUUGGACGCUACGGCAUCUUUCCGCUGUUCAAAUUUGGAGUUGGAGUUUCGUACAAGGACCACACGCGGACAGGGCCCAUCGUGGCACCCCACCCCCGAACCGGCCUCGACGACCCGGAUCUCUACAAGCUCCCCAGCAUCCUCAAGCGCUACGAACGAAUGCUCGACAUAGUCCUUCCUAAACUCCACGGGCCCUGGGCCCCUACCGUCCAAGACAUGUACAAGCUCUCAAUGAACAUCAUCAACCUGGAAAAAGCGCUGCACACCGUCCUCCCCUCGGACAAGCAAUGGCGAGACAUGAGGCACAGCGUGGAAAGCGUGACCCUUGAGGAACUGAACAGGACGAACCCUCUCCGCCUCGACGGGAUCCUCCUCACCAUGGCGCACGGCGAGGAAGAGAAAAUCGCCACCGUGGACGUCUUGUUCCAAGACUCGCUCCGGAAAUACUGGCAGGUGUUGCGGGGCUUCUCCAGGGAAACGCUGAGGACGUACAUGAUGUGGCAGGCGUUUCUGCAGACAGAAGAGCUGUGGGACAUGUCGUGGGCCAAGGAGUGGAGAGCGUUUAAGCAUGCUCAUUCUCCUGUGCUCGAGCCGAGCCCUCGAUGGGACGAGCACUGCGUCGGCAGAGUCCAGCGACAUUUUGGCCAUUUUGUUGGCGCGCAGCUGAUGAGGGAUGUGUUUGCGCAAGAGGACGGCAAAGACGCCGUAUUUGAGGUUGGACGUAUCACGGCUCGCGUUGGACAUGCUCUGGGGUGCCCUCACCACAUGUCCAGCGGAUGCCUUUCGCAAAUCUACAGAGAAGCACACGUACACGCUGACAGUCCGGGCAUGGCACCCGGGCAAGACCAAACUCACGGGCGGGCGUCGAGUCUGAAUCGUCCCGAGAAAUGGAGCCACUUGCACGACUGGUUUGCACUCGAGCAGCUGCACUGGACGAGAUCGUGGGAGGAUCUUGGCCAACCUCUGGACAGAAACAAGUGUUUGAAUCUGGGCAUGAGUUUCAAAGUAACCGUGUGA